ACAGAGCGAGCCUGGAAAGUGCCAACACUCCUGAGAGAAGACGGGAGAGAGGAGGGAGGACAGAAAUCGCAGUUAUUUAUAACGCCAGGCAGCUCCCGGGGCUCUCCAGUCUCUCCUCAAAGCCGCGGCGGGGAGGUCGCUCCCCAAAAUCCUGCCGAGCUCCUGCCAGCGCAAUAUUUGCUCCGGGAUCUGGGGCGGGCACCCGGCGGGAGCCACCCGCCCAUGCUGCCGGUGCCAGGGCAGAGCCCGCAGCAGCCUGUGCACAGGAGGAGCGCAGCUCGGUGAGUCCGGCUCGGCCGCUUUUAGGUCCCUCCAGCGCCAUGCCUUGGGCCACCACCAUCAUCCUCAUCCUGGCCGGGCUCUGCGGCUCCUCCCUGGGCCAGUACAACGAGGAGGAGGACCUGGCGUGGCUCCAGUACUACCUGCGGCAGUCCCGCGUCUCCUCCUACAACUACGUGCCCUACUACGAGGAGGAGAGCCCCGCCUACGCCUACUCCUACCCCUCGGCCACCGACACCGAGCCCGAGCCCGAGCCCGAGCCGCAGCAAGCCGCGCCCUGGAGGUGUCCCCAAGAGUGUGACUGUCCCCCCAACUUCUCCUCGGCCAUGUACUGCGACACCCGCAACCUGCGCUACCUGCCCUUCGUGCCGUCGCGCAUGAAGUACGUUUAUUUCCAGAACAAUCUGAUCACCUCCGUCCAGGAGGGCGCCUUCGACAACGCCACGGAGCUGGAGUGGCUGGCGCUGCACAACAACCAGAUCGGCAGCGAAAAGAUGGGGAAAAGGGUUUUUGGGAAGUUGCAGCGCCUGGAGAGGCUCUACAUGAACAACAACAACCUGACCAGGCUGCCCGGCCCGCUGCCGCGCUCGCUGCGAGAGCUCCACCUCUCCUACAACCACAUCUCCAAGGUGCCUUCCAAUGCUCUGGAGGGGCUGGAGAACCUCACGGCGCUCUACCUCAGCCACAACUUCAUCUUCGAGAUGGGCGCGUCCCUCAAGGGGCUCAAGUCGUUGAUCCUGGCCGACCUGAGCUACAACAACCUCAGGAAGGUCCCCGACGGGCUGCCGGCCUCCCUGGAGCAGCUCUACCUGGAGUACAACUACAUCAACGCCAUCCCCGACGAUUAUUUCCAGGUGUCCCCCAGGCUGCUCUACGUGAGGAUGUCCCACAACAGCCUGACCAACCAAGGGCUCUCCAGCAACACCUUCAACAGCAGCAGCAUCCUGGAGCUGGACCUCUCCUACAACCGGCUGCAGAAGAUCCCGCGGGUCAACACCAACCUGGAGAACCUCUACCUGCAGGGGAACCAGAUCAACGAGUUCUCCAUCAGCAGUUUCUGCUCCGUGGUGGACGUCAUGAACUACUCGCGGCUCCAGGUGCUGCGGCUGGACGGCAACGCGAUCAAGCGGAACGCGGUGCCCCCGGACGCGCCGCUGUGCCUGCGCCGGGCCACCGUCAUCGAGAUCUGACCACCCUCAGGACUCGUGUCCCCCUCUCCCAGGGACCCCCCUCAUUCCCGCUUUUCCAUCCCACUCGGCUUCGCGGCAGCGCAAUCGCAGCGCGCUCACGGUUUUCCCGGAAUUCUCCCUUUUCCCGCUUGGAUUGAAGCUCUGAGCUCACCACAGCCACCCCACAAAGCGCCAAAUCCCAAAUCCCAUCCCAAAACCGGGUCUGGGUCUCUGCUGUCACCUUCUGCCCCACACUGGGGUGGGAUUCAUAUUGCCUUGGAAACGGGGAAAUCCCAAAACCCAUCCCAAACCCCAUCCCAAACCUCAUCCCAAACCCCAUCCCAAAACCAGGUUGGGGUCUCCAAUGUCACCUCCUGCCCCACACUGGGGUGGGAUUCAUAUUGCCUUGGAAAUGGGGAAAUCCCAAACCCCAUCCCAAACCCCAUCCCAAAACCAGGCUGGGGUCUCCUCUGUCACCUCCUGCCCCACACUGCGGUGGGAUUAAUCCCGCCUUGGAAACGGGGAAAUCCCAAAUCCCAUCCCAAACCCCAUCCCAAAACCAGGUUGGGGUCUCCAAUGUCACCUCCUGCCCCACACUGGGGUGGGGCUCAUCCCACCCUGGAAACGAGGAAAUCCCAAACCCCAUCCCAAACCCCAUCCCAAAUCCCAUCCCAAACCCCAUCCCAAAACCGGGUCGGGGUCUCCAAUGUCACCUCCUGCCCCACAUUGCGGUGGGAUUCAUCCUGCCUUGGAAACGGGGAAAUCCCAAACCCCAUCCCAAAUCCCAUCCCAAAACCAGGUUGGGGUCUCCUCUGUCACCUCCUGCCCCACACUGGGGUGGGAUUCAUCCUGCCUUGGAAAUAGGGAAAUCCCAAAUCCCAUCCCAAAUCCCAUCCCAAAUCCCAUCCCAAAUCCCAUCCCAAAUCCCAUCCCAAAUCCCAUCCCAAAACCAGGUUGGGGUCUCCUCUGUCACCCCCUGCCCCACACUGCAGUGGGAUUCAUAUUGCCUUGGAAAUGGGGAAAUCCCAAACCCCAUCCCAAAACCGGGUCGGGGUCUCCAAUGUCACCUCCUGCCCCACACUGGGGUGGGGCUCAUCCCGCCUUGGAAACGGAGAAAUCCCAAAUCCCAUCCCAAACCCCAUCCCAAAUCCCAUCCCAAAACCAGCUCGGGGUCUCCAAUGUCACCUCCUGCCCCACACUGCGGUGGAAUUCAUCCCGCCUUGGAAAUGGGGAAAUCCCAAAUCCCAUCCCAUACCCCAUCCCAAAACCAGGUUGGGGUCUCCUCUGUCACCUCCUGCCCCACACUGUGGUGGGAUUUAUCCCGCCUUGGAAAUGGGGAAAUCCCAAAUCACAUCCCAAAACUGGAUCGGUGUCUCCGCUGUCACCUCCUGCCCCACACUGGGGUGGGAUUCAUCCCGCCUUGGAAACAGGGAAAUCCCAAACCCCAUCCCAAAAUUGGGUCUGAGCCCCCUUGGAAGGAGCACCUGAGGGGUUUGGGAGCUGCAGGAGGGAAGGGUUGAAGAUCUCCAGGCUGGAGGGUCCCUCAGUGUGGGGUGGGGAGGAGCAAAUCCAUCCCUUCCCUUCCUUUUCCCCCUUUUCCAUCAACCUGCUCCAGAAUUAAAAACCCUAAAGGAGAAAAACCCACCCUGAGGAACGGGCUGGGCAUGGGAGAGCUCCCAAAUCUUCAUCCCAAACCUCUGGAUCAGGGCAGGAUGGUGCUGUCACCCCUGGUGUUGUCACCCCUGGUGUUGUCACCCCCAGCUGCCCCUCCCUGAGCUCAGCCCCCUGGGCUAUCCCAAUUUAAACCCCAAAAUUAAUCACAAAACCACGCUGGAAUUCCCUAAAAUUCCCAAAUUCCCCAGCUCAGCCCCUCGGGUGGCUGAGUUUGAGGACCAAGGGGCAGCUGAGCUUUGGGGGUGUCCAAGGUGCUCACCCCGACCCUCCGCGUUGUUCCCGCAUGCAAAAAUCAUUUUUAAAAAUUAAAAAAAAACCCCCAAAAAUGCCAUAAUUUCACCAGCAUGAACUGUAAACCCCAAAACCAUCAAUAAAAACCUUCCAGUAGGUGCA